CCGGCGUGAUUACUGCCAGCUCUAAAGAUGGCGGAAUCCGUGCUGGAAGUUGUUAAGAAGCUGCAGUCUCGACUUUCGGCCAGUACAGACCCCAAGAAGCUUCAUAAGACCCUGAAGAGACUUGCUGACCUGCCAGUUACAGUUGAUACCCUUGUGGAGACUGGUGUUGGAAAGACAGUGAAUGGUCUAAGGAAGCAUGAAGUGGUUGGGGAUCUUGCAAAGACCCUAGUUGCUCAAUGGAAAAAGCUUGUGCCACAAGAAGUCCCAAGAGUUGUAGAACCUGUGGAACGGGAACCCAGUAAACAGCCAAGACCUCCAUCUCCAAGAGAUGAAGAAGACCUUCCAUCCCAGACAGAGUACAGACAUGAGGAUUAUAAUUGGCAGAGAUACUCUGAACAAGAGGACUCGGAUGACAGACGGAGCUACUCUUCAGAGCCUACUCACAGUCCCCAAAAUAUCUAUAUUGACAGAACCUCUCACAAAUCAAGUAAAGAACAAAAAUCUUCCCACAAAGACAAGCACAAACAGGAAGACAGGAGUGUGAAUACAGAAAAGAAAAAAGAAAAAUACUCUGCCAAGGAACAUCAUAGGAACCACUCAUCUUUUGCAGGAAGCAGCCAGGGGAAAUGGUCUCCUGAGAACAGACCAGGAAAGAAAGAGAAAAGUAAGCACAAGAUUGACACUGAUAAUCUCCAGGAUGCUAAAAAGCAAAAGUUCAUGGAGAAACCAAAGUCAGAAAAACAAAAGGUGUGUAUGGAUGAAUAUCCUGUGGAAAAAAUAAAGAAAAUAGCAGACGUAGAUAAAGAACCAUCGAUCAGACACAAAGUGGAUAAGACCAAGGUCAAAUCCAGAACAUCUGAACCAGUACUACAGGAAAAGAAAUCAAUAAAAAUAUCCAUGCCAAGCACUGAUCAAGAAACGGAAGACGUGUUUGAACAGCCAAAAAUGUCUUUUGAAUCAUAUCUGAGUUAUGAGGAACCUCAGAAAAAGAAGAGAAAACCAGUUGCGAAGACACCCAAUAAGAGCAGUAAGCAAAGUGAAAGAGGAGCACAGGUUACAAGUAAGGAUCCUGCCAAACAGCAUUCAAAGCCUGCUACAGACACUGUUAAGGAGUCUCACAAGAAAAUGUACUUUCCGGCCACACUCAACAAGGUAGAUGAAGUUCCUGUUUUGCCUGACAUACCGCUGCCUCUCAUCCAGCCAAACUAUCGACCCCUUCCUACCUUUGAUCCUGUAGUUUCACCUAACAAACGGAAAGUUCCACCAUCCUUCAUGCAGGACGAGGAAGAGGGUGCAGGGUUCACAGGACGCAGAUUUAACUCAAAGAUGCAAGUGUACUCUGGAUCCAAAACUGCUUACCUGCCUAAGAUGAUGUCCCUUUAUGAACAAUGCAUACGUGUUCUUUCCAACAACAUUGACUCUAUAUAUGAAGUCGGAGGAGUUCCUUAUUCUGUACUGGAGCCAGUUCUGGAGAAGUGUACCCCGGAGCAGCUGUACAGGAUUGAAGAACAUAACCAUGUCUUAGUUGAAGAUACAGAUCGCCUGUGGAUGAAUCACUGCAAGAGAGACUUCAAAAAAGAAAAGCCUGAGGAGUUUGAGACCUGGAGGGAGAUGUUCCUCCGGCUUCACGAGGCUCGAGAGCAGAGACUGCUGAAACUGACCCAGAACAUCCGGUCUGCUCAUGCCAACAAGCCUAAAGGUCGACAGGCUAUGAUGGCAUUUGUGAACUCGACAGUGAAGCCACCACGCGAUGUACGCAGGAGACAGGAGAAGUUUGGGACAGGAACAGCCGUUGUCGCUGAAAAGUCCAAGAUUAAACCCUUCGUGCCGGUUAGCCACAGCAGCACAAGUAACCAUGUCCAUUCAGAGGAACAUCGAUCAUAUGAAGGACCAAGCACCAGCAGCUCAUCAUCCACAUCUAGCAGUGUUCAGAUUGGACAUGAUCCACGUAAACCACAAGUCAAGAAAGUUGCUCCAAUGAUGGCCAAGACUAUAAAAGCUUUCAAGAACCGUUUUUCCCGGCGAUAAAUCAACCCGAUAAGAGAAAAAUAUGUAUCCGAAGCAGAGGUCACACCAGCUCCAAAGAGACCCUUGUCCCAUGUACCCGUUGUACUUUUGUCACCAGCUGCCAAACAUGUUAUGUUUUGGUGACAAUAAUUUUACUAAAUUUCUCGAUCUACAGGAAUCCAUUUUAUUGAUCCCAAAUGGUAGCCUGGUACAUGCCCUCUCCUGACGCUGUGAUACUACAAUAACUGCGGAUCUGCCACUAAAUAAUGGUGCCAGGCAUUCACGUUAGCAGACCAUAUCACAGCAUAUGCGAUCUACCUGUGUGUUGGGUAGACACAACCCAUUAAAAUGUCGUUAUAUGGAUGUUUACGACGAUUAAGUUAUUCAAACCGAAGUGGGGAUUGAUUGAGUAUCCAUUAAAGCGAUAUGAUCAAUCUGUUAAAAAUGAUUAUUUCUAAACCACUUAUUCAUAUCAUGUUACAACCUUGUGUGCAACACGCUGCUUUGUUCUGGAUCAAGUUAACCAUUUUGGGACAAUUUUAGCAUUAUAGUUUUCUUUUUUUCCCCCUCCUUUUUCUUUUUCAUGUUCCUAAAUUUGUUACCUCUGUGUUGCAGUGUCAUGUAAUGUUUAUUGUGAAUUAUAAUUUGCGGAUAUGCGUUUGGCCAGGAAAAUAGGAUCUCAUGAAGCGGUGCCCUAAUAUAUUGUAAUUGUGACUGCAUACCCUGUUCCAGUAAGAAGGUGCAUUUUACAAUGUGUGCAGGUUUUGCGAUGCUUGCUAUAUCCUCAGCAGGAUUACGAAAAUACAUUAUUUAUUUAUAAUUCUCACUUUAUUUCAGAAAUAGUAAUCUGUAUCGCACCAACUGCAAUGGUGCAGUCAGGGUCUGCGCAUAAUCCCCAAACGUUUGCAUUUUAGUUCUAUUUAAGUUACAGCUAAGUUCCGAGCAGUGCCCAAGCAGUGCCCGUAAUCACAUGAAAUUCCCCAUUUGGGGUAGUAGCUCUCAGUAUUUAUUUUACUCCUGCAGAUUUAUUUUAUUAUUGUUCCCGAGCAGUGGCAUAGACUCCACUGAGUGCCAAUCAAGAGUGUGAUAGGACCCAUUGCCUGGGUUUAACAUGCAUGAUCUACCCGUCAGAUCACUACUACUUUAGCCCUGAUGUCAGCAGACAGGGACUGCAGAGGAUUCCAGGACUUUGUGUGGGCUCCUGCUUUUCUGUAAAUAUACCGGUAUUUUUUCUUUUGUGGUUUGAGAGAGAUUAAAUAUUUUAAUUUGACUGAUACAUGCAAAUGAUUUUAUCUGGAUCUUAAUAAAAUGUGAACGCUGAA